AUGCGUCGUCGACACCCCGACAGCUUGGCCAACCUCAUCUUGGCUUCUCGUCGUGCAGAUGAAGAAUCCAAGACGCGCGCCCUAGAGCGUGACUACGAAGACAAGCUCGAAGCGUUGUCACGCGAGCUGGAGCAAGCCCACGAAGCCAGUGAAACGAGGUUGGCGAGCUUUCGUCAGCAGCAGGAGAAGUUGUUACUGCAGUAUCGACGCAAGAUCAAGGAGCAAGAGAAGCAGCUAAAGCAGCUGAGCAAGGCUCCACUAUCGCACAGAGCUGCGUCCAAGGACUCGACUGGGACUUCAGACGCAGAGCUGGUCAAAGUACGGCGGUUUUAUACCGACAAGAUCAAGGAGCUGGAGCGCAAGUGGGAAGCCAAGUAUCGCUCACUAAGGAAGCAACAAUACUCUGGCCUGAGCAGCAACCAGCAGGUGCAAGACGGACUCACGUAUGCAGAUUCUACCCUGGUGAUUGCCAACUUGCAGCGUCAGAUUCGAGAGCAAGAAAUGGAGCUGAAGCAGGAGAAGGCGAAGGUGGAACAACUCGAGGCGGAGAGUCAAUUGCCAACCCUACAUCCAGAGGACUCACCAGCAACGAACGAUAUCCCGUCCAAGUCCAUACGACCAGACCAGCAAAAGGAGCUCGAGAAACAAAUCGCUGACCUGAAGUCCCAGUUAGAAGACAGCGAGAGUGCUCGAGCCCGACUAGCGCAGACGUUGACUACGGUUCAAACUCUGGGCUUAGCGCGAGCACUGAAUUCUGAGACCACGUCAACCGCGACCGAGACAGAGGCUACCAAAGUGACUAAGCCUACCAUAUCCAAGGACACUGAAGCUGAACUUUCACAAUUGAGGCAAGACCUGGCAGUAGCUCGCGAAACUCUCGGCACCGAGCGAGCCGCUUCGACUGAGAGAAUCAUCAGGCUUGAGAAGCAGAUCACUGAGCAGAUCGAGAAGAACGCAGUACUGGAGGCCCAGUUAACUGGCAACCAACGUGAGAUGGAAAGCCUUCAGACGCUGGCACUGGAAGCGGAGCGACACAAUCGAGCUCUGGAAGCUCAGGAGCGACGUGUACCGGAACUGGAAGAAGAGGUGCUAGCCUUGCGUCGCGAGCUGGAGCUUCCCCGUACGCCGUCCAUGGUGCAGUACCGGUCUCUUGAGCUCAAGGUGGCGACGCUGGAGCAGAAGCACAAACUGCGCGAGGCCGAGCUCAAGGUGGUGCUCGAUCGAGCACUGACAUCGACUCACCUGGAGCAGCUCAGUCGCGAACGUGCCCAUCGAGCAGCCAUGGCCGCCAAGAACGCCGAGAUCGCGUCUUUCAAGCGCCAACUCGAGGAGAUCCUCGACGAACUCGCACAACUGCAGCAGCCGCCCUCGUUACGCGCAAAGAGAUCCAACCAACCUGAACAAAAAGAAGAGGGGGAAGAAGAUGUAUCAUGGUAA